UAUACACGUUUCUUUUGUGAUGAACGGGCUGGUUAUUAGCAGCUGUUUGGUAAUGAUGUAGCGGCAACCGCUGUCAUCAUAUAUUUCAUACAUUUGUUACGUUUACGACGGCAAUCAUCGACGUUAGUCGACACUGAAUACAGCAACUAUUUGAUGGACAGAGACAGUCGUAAGAUUGGAGCGUCGUUGGAGUUCGUGUACUCACCCACACAGAUAAGCGCCACCGGUAAUCCGUCAGCGAUUCACAUACCUUCCCCGGUAGCGAUGGACGACGUCACAGAGCCAACGUUUGCCGUAAUCAGUCAGCGGGUAGAGAAGAAGGGUGGCAUUUGUGGCCAGAACGCAUUUACAAGACGGGACAGGAAAGCGCAAUUAGCCUUGAUCUUGGCCAUGAUCACCAUACCGAUUCUCGCUGUCGUCAUCCAGAACAUCCUCGUACUAGCGCAGAGCAUUAAAGUCAAGCACGAGGCCGUGGAGGUACACGUCAUGGUUAAUACUAGUGUUCAGGUUGGCGGAUUAAUUCACGGAUUGCAAAUAGAACGAGGAGCAACAUCACUCUACGUAAGCAGCAGAGGCGCUAGAACUGUUCAGAAAAUUCUCUUUGCUGUGUAUCGCCAAACUGACGCUUUAAUGGACAAGGUAAAACUGUGGCCAACAAGUCUUCAAGAGUCAAAACUAUCUGAUUUUAAAAGCAGCGAAGCUUUCCGGCUGUACAUGAACAGACAUCGAUAUCAUCUUGAUCCAAAGCUUGCUUCGGCUUUCGACGAGGUGAAUUUCUACACUGAUACAAUCAACGUAUUGCUGCGUGCUGUGACUACCAUGAUGCAACAGGCGAGAGGAACAAACGAUUGGAAGAAGCUAGUUGCAUUUGGGUUGUUUGUUUAUGGGAAAGAACAGGUUGGCAAUGAAAGAGCACGCGGUGCACCAUUCUUUGCAG